CAAAAGUUCGAAGGUUCUUCGAUAAAUUACAUCUAUUCGCUGCCGAUUUUGCAUUGCACAUUCAGUAUUAUUAUAAUAAAUUAGAUUCACAAUUAAAGCUGCUACGUUUUCUCAUGAAAAUCACCAACCACUUCCAUUGCGUAACAUGUUAGACGGAAUUUUGAUCUGCGUGUGUCUUUACACUGCCGCGUUGCUUCUACUUGGAAGCGCGCUGACUGCGGGGUUACUUGUGGUCCAUGUGGCCGUGGUGCCACUUGUCUUUCGCUACUCCAAGACCUUUCGCCGGAGCCUCAUCUUUGCCAACUUUGUACAAUGGCCUCUGCACAUAGAUCAUGAAGACCCGGCGUCAAGCGGCAUAGAGGGGGCACGGAACCUCAGCAUUGAAUACCAGUCUAAAGUCGAUAACUGCACUAUCAAAAUUGGAAUAUGGCACAUCCUCCCAAAGAGCGUGUACGAGCGCUUGAAGCAGCAUUUUUCCGAGGGUUGCGACAAGGAACAGCUCCAUAAACUGCUGGAUGAGGAGCUGGCCAACUCCAAGACGCCCAUCAUGCUCUACUGCCAUGGAAAUUCUAAUUCUCGAGCGGCAUCGCACAGAAUUCAGCUUUAUAAGUUCUUUCAGGAGAUGGAAUUCCACACCAUAGCCUUGGAUUACAGAGGUUACGGAGACUCUACCAACAUUCCUCCUAGUGAGAAUGGGGUGGUAGAAGACUCUCUCAUGGUGUAUGAGUGGCUGCGAAACACCGUUGACAAAGGGCCUAAACCUAGCAUUUUUGUAUGGGGACAUUCUUUAGGCACGGGAAUAUCGUCGCAUCUCCUGGGCAAUCUGCCAGAAUUGUCAACGGUACUUUUGGAGCGGUCCGCUUUACCGUUGCCUGAUGGUCUGAUCCUGGAAGCACCUUUUAAUAACUUGGCGGAUGAAGUGGCACACCAUCCUUUGUCUAAGCUAGUACAGUGGCUGCCCUACUACCAGCAAACGUUCGUAUCGCAGUUUGUGUCCCGGCCCGAGCACUGUUUCCGCUCGGACGAGCAUCUCGCUCGCACACGUUCCCUUCCCGUUCUAAUUCUACAUGCGAGGGAUGACGUCAUUGUGCCACAUGUUGUUGGGGCUAAGCUGUACGAAUCAAUCCGCCAAUCGCGCGGCGAGAGCGACGCACCAGUCAUUCUGCACUCGUACGACAAAAGCGAGAAUCUCGGACACAAGUGGAUUUGCAACGCUAAAGAUUUACCAGAAAUCGUAGGGAAAUUCGUGGCAACUCAUCGAUCUUCGAAGUGAAAGUAAAUUUAAUAAUAUAUCUUUAUGCCGGGGCCGCACUAAAGGGAAAAUCAAAAAUCACUUGCGUUUCUAUGUGUGAACGGCACGUCUGUACACGCGGCAGGCUUCAUUGUGUGAGUAAGUUGCUUAAAAAUAGUACUGAGCGGCCGGCAAAAGAUCGGCAAUCUGUUGUAGCGGGGCGAGGUAAUUCGAGUCGGGGCGGGGCGGUGCGUGGCCGUUCUGUAUGAUAAUACUAUUACUUAUUCUGUGACGGCGGGAGACGCCGUUGAUUAUCGAGAUAAUCCCAGUGUGGCCGUAUGAAAAACGUCGAAUUAACGCGAAAAUUAACGCGUUUCCCGUUAAUGUGGCCACAGCAUUACGGUCACAAAUGUCACUGAGCGGGUAUUUAUUUAUUUAAUUAUUAAAUAUUAGCUUGUAUAGUGCACCACUGGUAAGACAUUAAGUACAAUCAGUAGGUAUCAUUUCUAUAAUGAAAUUUUGUUUUAGUCUGGUUUUGCUAAUA